AUGCGACUCACACCUCGCGACAGUGGUGAUAGUGGUGCAACCAAGAAAGCGAACCGUUCGUGCUUGUACUCGGGAUCGAUGAAGGCGUUGUCGAGAGCCUUCCUUACGCAUUUGCUCGCUUGCUGGAUCGGCUACCAGCUGGGGUUUUCCGUGCAAACUUCCGUCACCAAAACAAGCACGGAGCCCUUCGUCAACCGCGAAGGUGCAAGCAAAAACGGAGUUUCAUGGAUGAAUGCUCGACACAUGGAACAGCAAAUGCAACACCCCCAAGCAGUUCAAGCAUGUCCGAAACCAACGCCGUGUUCCUCACAGCCAGAAUCCGCCAGCUUUGAUCACGACAACUUUAUCCCGGCAGAGUAUCGGAGUUUUGUGGCCGGUAUGAGUCGGGUGGACCGGACGGACUUUGCCAGCCAGUACGAUACUGGAAUCCCGCUGGACAUUAAAGCAAAGGCGAACCAGAGAUUGGAAAAACAUCAACAAGCGCUUCUCCUUCAUAUGAGUCCCCUGAGUGUGCCGGAUUUUAUUUCGUAUCGGCAAACCAACAGUAGUACGGCGACGCGAGCUUUGCCGCUCCUAUCCGCGGAGGACGCAACCCGCCACUGUCACGUUGUCCAGGUGGUUCACGUGCGGUCGACCUUACCACCCUUCCAACGCCACUGUGUGGCCAUUGUGCCGCAAUGGGAUGACGACGCCACUGUGCACAAGUUUAUGCGCGUCCCUGACGAUUCUCACUUUGCGAGUGUAAGAACGGGUCACCGGAACGGGGCCCAGAACACUGGAGUCUUGAACGAAUCGCUGCCCGCCCGGUACGUUUCCCGAACGCAUACGGAAGGUGGGAUUUAUACCUCGGUGCCGGGACCGGGUAGGCGCUAUUGGGACGAGCUCGCGCAGUAUCACGCCACACUGCCGACUUUUUUGAAACAGCUUGGUCCGAUUGCCGACCAGGCGGCCCGGAACCAAACCAUUGUUGUCAUGACGUGCAAUCAAGGUCAAUCCGAAUUGCUGGUCAAUUUUGUCUGCAGCUGCACCCGUCGUGGUUUGCCAAUAUCACACGUUCUGGUAUUUGCGACCGAUACGGAAACCUACAAACUUGCCAAGUCACUGGGGCUACGAGCGUGGGAUGUAACCAGUCUCCCGGGUGCGUUCGGGGUGCGCUCCUUCCCCACGAAAGCAGCCGAUGCCUACGGCGAUUUGACCUUUGCGGCACUCAUGAUGGCGAAAGUGUACUGCGUUCAUGUGGUGUUACUACUCGGUUACAAUGUCCUCUUUCAAGACGUCGACGUCAUUUGGUAUCAAGAUCCCGUGCCGUACUUUGAGACGCACUGGACGACUAUGGAUGUUAUAAUGCAGGACGACGGAGCCCGGACCAAGCGGUUUGCCCCUUAUACGGGAAAUUCUGGGUUUUACUUUGUGAGGAACAACGAGCGGUCCCUGUAUACUUGGGCCGCACUCGCCCGUAUGGGCGACACAGUUGCGGUGAUGAAAUCGCAUCAAGCCGUCCUCAAUACCGUCUUGGAACAGCAAGCUUCGUGGCGCGGACUGAAGGUGAAGACGUUGGGUCGAUUCACGCCGGAGGGACUCUUGUUCCCGUGUGGGUUCCAAUACCAGAAGCGUUUUGGUGUCUUCGAGCGGGCCGGUGACGACGGUAAAGUGGCUCCAAUUGUAAUGCAUAUGAGCUGGACGUACAACAAAUCGGAUAAGCUCAAAUAUAUGAAACAAAUGGGUGAUUGGUACGCCCGGGAUGUGUGCAUACUGGACGAGGACAUCGGCAAUGCCAAGGCUGGCGAAGUAAAACUCGAACAGAUUAUCGCGACGGCUUCGGCCGAGGCAGCGAUCGACCAUUGCUGUGAAGUAGAUCCGAUUGUGACUUGUUACUAUCAAGACAAGCCCAGCAAAAUACCUUGCAAGGACAGUCCAAAGAAGGAACCCAACGGGAUUCCUUUUUGGGAGUAA